GGAGCGUCCCCAGGAUGGGGCAACCACCAGGACAGUGGUUGAGCCAACCUAGAGUGAUGGUCGGAGAGAGAUUCAGAAGUAUGACUCCGGAGAGGCUCAGUGGUCCAGAGGCCCUGAGACAGAGACUUGCAGUAAUGCAGAGAGACAGGGAAAGAAAGCUAGCUGAAAGGGAGCCCCAGAGAAUCCCAGGGACAGAGACACAGCGAGCUAAGAGAUAAGAGAGAAGAGAGCCGGAGAGACAAGAAGCAGAGAAACGUUGGCAGAGAUGAAAGACAGAGACCAAGAGAAACAAGAAAUAAAGAGAGACAGUGAUAUCUCUUUUCAGAGUCAAACUGAAGACGGAGAUUCAGAGACCAAGACACAGAGACUGCCAGGAAUCCCCAGACACAGGUGACUCUAGAACGGCAAAAACCCAGAGAAAAAUGACUCAGAGACAUACUCAGAGAUAUAUCCCUGAAAUCAGAGAGGCCCAAAGCGAAGACAUAGCCAGAAGCAGAGACAUUCAAAAGAAUGAGAGAUGGAAAUUUGUGACUCCCAACAGAGGGGCUCAGAUGCUCAUUUUAAAAAAUAGAUGAGACACACACACACACACACACACGGAAACCCGGAGGGCCGCAGAACAGAGGUCUCAGGAGAUGGAGAGACAGAGAGAAAGGGGCCCCGAAGGCGGAAUGAACCCGGAGAAACCCCAGCGCGGCGGCGGCCAGGCGGAAGGGCGGGCGCCCCGGCAGAGGGCGCGCGGCCGCCCUCUGCCCCGCCGGGGUCACGGCGCCCCCUCCCCCGCUCGCUGGCCGCGCGGCCGGGCUAUUUUUACGCGUGGACACCGGACACCAGGCUGGGGCGGCGGCGGCGGCGGCCGAGGCGGGGCCGGGCCGGGCCGGGUCGGGCGUCGGGGCCACACGUCCGUCCGCGGGUCGCCGGGGCUGCGCGCGCCAUGGAGCCCGGGUGCCCGCCACCCUGCGGCUGCUGCGAGCGGGUGGUGCUCAACGUGGCCGGACUGCGGUUCGAGACCCGGGCCCGCACGCUGGGCCGCUUCCCGGACACGCUGCUCGGGGACCCGGUGCGCCGCAGCCGCUUCUACGACGGCGUGCGCCGCGAGUACUUCUUCGAUCGGCAUCGGCCCAGCUUCGACGCGGUCCUCUACUACUACCAGUCUGGUGGGCGGCUGCGGCGGCCGGCGCACGUGCCGCUCGACGUCUUCCUGGAGGAGGUGGCCUUCUACGGGCUGGGCGGCGCGGCACUAGCGCGCCUGCGCGAGGAUGAGGGCUGCCCCUUGCCGACCGAGCGCCCCCUGCCCCGCCACGCCUUCGCGCGCCAACUCUGGCUGCUCUUCGAAUUCCCCGAGAGCUCGCAGGCGGCGCGCGUGCUCGCCGUCGUCUCGGUGCUUGUCAUCCUCGUCUCCAUCGUCGUCUUCUGCCUCGAGACGCUGCCCGACUUUCGCGACGACCGCGACAACCCGGGGCUUGCCGCGGUGGCCGCCGCUGGCCCGUUCCCGGCUCGGCUGAACGGCUCCAGUCCAGUGCCUGGACCUCCGCCUCGCUUGCCCUUCGAUGACCCGUUCUUUGUGGUGGAGACUCUGUGCAUCUGUUGGUUCUCCUUCGAGCUGCUGGUGCGCCUGGCGGCCUGCCCAAGCAAAACAGCCUUCUUCAAGAAUGUGAUGAACCUCAUCGAUUUCGUGGCCAUCCUGCCCUACUUUGUGGCAUUGGGUACAGAGCUGGCCCGGCAGCGGGGAGUGGGCCAGCCAGCCAUGUCACUGGCCAUCCUGCGAGUCAUCCGACUGGUACGCGUCUUCCGCAUCUUCAAGCUCUCCAGGCACUCAAAGGGCCUGCAGAUCUUGGGCCAGACCUUAAGGGCAUCCAUGCGCGAGCUAGGCCUCCUCAUCUUCUUCCUCUUCCUUGGUGUGGUCCUCUUCUCCAGUGCAGUCUACUUUGCCGAGGUGGAUCGGGCAGACUCCCAUUUCACCAGCAUCCCUGAAUCCUUCUGGUGGGCGGUGGUCACUAUGACCACAGUUGGCUAUGGAGACAUGGCACCCGUCACUGUGGGUGGCAAGAUAGUGGGCUCUCUGUGUGCCAUCGCCGGUGUGCUGACCAUUUCCCUACCUGUGCCAGUCAUUGUCUCCAACUUCAGCUACUUUUACCACCGGGAGACAGAUGACGAAGAGGCUGGGAUGUACAGCCACGUGGACACGCAGCCCUGUGGCCCCCUGGAGGGCAAGGUCAAUGGGGGGUUGGUGGAUCCAGAGGUGUCUGAGCUGCCGCCUCCACUCUGGGCACCCCCUGGGAAACACAUGGUCACCGAAGUGUGAGGGACAGUUGAGGUCUGCAGGACCUCACAUUUCCUUGGAGGGAGGGCGGGAAGGGAGGAGGGGAAAGUUGGGGGGAGGGUGUUGUUUCUAGGAUGAACUAAGUUAUGUGGUAAUGAACUGGGGAACACUAAGUCUUAUUGGGUCUUGAGUUGUGGAUUGGUAGCUCCCGUGGGUACCUCCUGAGAUGACAGUGAAUGGCAAUGGGUUAUACUGAGUUGAGAUGGAGGCUCCAUUGGUUUGUAUUGCACUGGGUUGUGCAAUGCUUGUGGAGCCUUUUGGGGUAGUGUUGAGAUAGGUUUGGUCACAUAGUUUUGUGAGUUUCUUGGUUCCUUGUUGGAUUGGGUUGGGUUGGGAGUCUUGUCCAACAGCACUGUGCAGGGUUCUGUGGUUUUAUGAGUCCCCUGGGGCCAUGUUGGAUCAAGUAAGGUGGUCACCCAUGGCAUUGUUGGGACUGAUUGUGUGUUCAUGCAUGGUGUUGUGGAGUUGAGUUGAGACAUUGGAAACUGAGUGGCUUUGUGAUUCUUCUAGGGCCAUGUUAUUUUAGGUUCUGUGAACUUGUGAGCCAUGUAGAAAUACGAAGAGUCAAGUGAUAGAAUGUGAGCUUUCUAGGUCAUAUGAGGUCAAGUUGGGUUGGAAUGUAAAUGCGUAGGAGUGUUUCAGGGUUCUGUCAUGUUGAAUUGCAUAGCAUUAUGUGGCUAGAAGUUUUCUGGGGCAACAUUAAGGUGGAUCGUAAUGAGUUGUGUAAUCAUGUGAGUCUCACAGGGCUGGUUCACUCAGUUGAGUUACAUCAAGGUGUGUUCGCUGAGUUCUGUAGGAAUGUUGGGUUGAGUUGCAGUGUAUGUAUGAGGUCUAUAGGGCCAUGUUGGUUUGCUUGCAUUUAGUGGACCUAGGGAUAAUAGCUCUAGGAAGUAAUCAUGUGUCAAGGAGCAAAUGUAGUGUGUGGACUCUAGGAGACCAACUGAACUGGUUUGCUCAGUGUCAUCACUAUAAGGGGGGGCAGGGCUGGUUUCUGUAUCUGUAGAUUCAGUUGGUCAUGCGGAGGGCUUCUGGGUGAACUAGCAAGAUGUAGAUAUCCCUUCCGUUUACCAUAUACCUGCCUUGUUUUGCCAUUCAAACCAACCCCUUCUCUAUCUGUCUUCCCCUAGAGUUUUGCUUCCAGGCAUGGAGAUCAGAGCUACAAGGGAAGGGAAAAGGGGUAGAAACUGUACUCUGUUCAGACCUGAUUGGGGGAUAGAAACCCAGAGGAGGGGGAAAGAGAGCUGGGGAGGUAUAGAGAUCUAGAGAGAGAAAGGGAAAUCCAAAGAGGGAAAAAAGAUCCCGAGAGAGGGGAAGACAGAGACCCAGAAGGGGCGGGUAUCAGGCACCCAGAAUGAGAGAGACAGAAACCUAGAAUUGGAAAAGAGACCAGAGCACCCCAGAGAAAGAGAACCAAAAAAGAAAAAGGCAGAAAAAGUCAGUGCCCCUGAACCCAAGAGAGAUGCACCCAUGGAAUCACACAAAGAU